CUCUCUCCUCCCCUCUCUUGCUCUCUCCCUCCCUCCCUCCCUUUGCAUGUGUUCAGCUGCUCCAGCUGUCGGUCUCCACACUCACUCUCUCAGGGUCAUACAGGCAGGAGUUUAAGGGACCACUUCUGCAUGCCAACUCAGCCGGGACGACCGCAGCCAGCAGAAGGACACACUGGUCGGAGGGAGACAGAGAGACGGGAGACCAUUCCGAAAAGCUCCAUCCAUACCACUUCUUGGCUGCUGCUGUACAUCACAAAGUCCGCUGCCUCUCUCAUCUUUGAAGCAGCGCUACCUGUCUGAUAGCUGUGUGUGUGUGUGUGUGUGCGCGCAUGUUUUACGUGUGUUCCUGUCCCGUCUCCCGCAGAUUAGUGCAUUAGUAUGCAGGGUACUUGUGUGUCAAUCUUGUGCGUGUGCAUAUGUGUGUCUGUGCUCCUUCAUAGUGCUAUUUCACAGGCACGUACAGAAAGUGACACCUACACGGAAUGCACAGAUGGGUAUCAUUGGGACCCUCAGACAGAGCACUGCAAAGACAUAAACGAGUGUGAGACCAUUCCAGAUGCCUGCAAAGGGGAAAUGAAGUGCUUCAACCACUACGGAGGGUACCUAUGCCUUCCCCGCUCUGCGUCAGUCAUCCCAGCCCCAGAGCCUGCUAUCACGCCCACCGUGACCAACCCCUGCCCUCUGGGCUACGAGCCGCAGGGAGACAGCUGUGUGGACAUCGAUGAGUGUGAGCGAGACGAACAUGACUGCCAGCCCAGCCAGCAGUGUAUCAACUCACUGGGUGCCUUCACCUGUCAGUGCCCGGAUGGUUACCGCAAAGUUGGCACAGAGUGCAUUGACAUCGAUGAGUGCAGGUACAGGUACUGCCAGCAUCGCUGUGUCAAUGUCCCUGGUUCCUUUUCUUGUCAAUGUGAACCUGGUUUCCAGCUGGCGGGAAACAACCGAUCUUGCAUCGAUGUGAAUGAAUGUGAGAUGGGUGCCCCCUGCUCUCAGAGGUGUUACAACACGUACGGCACCUUCCUUUGUCGCUGUGACCAGGGCUAUGAGCUGGGGCCUGAUGGCUUUACUUGUAAAGACAUCGAUGAGUGCAGCUACUCCAGUUACCUGUGUCAGUACCAGUGUGUCAACGAACCAGGGAAGUUCUCCUGCAUGUGCCCAGAGGGUUACCAGCUGCAAGGCACCAGACUAUGCCAGGAUAUAAACGAAUGUGAAACCGGUGAACAUCAGUGCACUGACACGCAGACCUGUGUGAAUAUCCACGGACGAUACCAGUGUGUGGACACAAACCGGUGCCAAGACCCUUAUGUACAGGUGUCUGACAACCGCUGUGUGUGUCCUGUCAACAAGCCCGUCUGCCGAGAUCUGCCUUUCUCCAUCGUCCACCGCUACAUGAGCAUCACCUCGGAGCGCUCGGUCCCCUCCGACAUCUUCCAGAUUCAGGCCACCAGCGUCUCUCCGGGGGCUUACAACACCUUCCGCAUCCGCUCCGGUGACGACAAUGGAGACUUCUACAUCAGGCAAAUCAAUAAUAUCAGCGCCAUGCUGGUGCUCGCCCGUGCUGUGUCGGGGCCCAGAGAGUACACGUUGGACCUGGAGAUGGUGUCAGUUAACCCUCUGCUCAGCUACCAGGCUAGCUACCAGACCAGCUCCGCCCUCAGACUCUCCAUCUACGUCGGGCCGUACACCUUUUAAAGAAGAAGAAGAGUGGAGGGACACAGUAAGAUGGAGAGAGGGAGGGAAAGAGAGAGAGAGAGCGAGAGAGCUGGGGAGAAACACAGAUGCAAAAAAAGGAAAGUGAAUCUGUAAAACAAAAGUGGUCAAUGCAGUUCAACCAGUCACUGUGAUGUUACACUCUUAGCUUUUUGUGGGUAGUCGUCCAAAGAAAGCCACACACUUCUGUCAGCCCACUAUAUUACGUGUAAGAAUAUACAUACAGUAGAGUAUACAAAUACAUUGUAGCAGUAAUGUCUCACAGAUAAAUAACAGCCUUAAAAUAACAAGUCCAGUCAAAUUUGUUCCCUUGUGUUUAAUGUGUCACUUUUCCUGUUUCUUAGGAUAUCAUGUUUACUGUUAUUUUUUACUUAACACCUAUCUGACAGCACCAUUCUGUGGUCAAUGUGUAUAAAAUGGGAUUUUACUUUGAAGAUUUCUUUUCUUCACAUCUGUUCAGGGUGAUAACAAAUCUGUGUGACAUAUUUUCUGUCUGCCUUCAGGUGGAGUGAUUCACGCCCAGCGUCACUAGAUUAAUCUGUUUUCACCAGUUUACAUCCUUAUCUUCGGUUCCGCUCUGUUUGUCACUGUAUUCUUCUCGGCCCUGUUUGCUGUUGACAGACGUGAUUCAGUAACCACUCAGAUCAGACCUCAGCAUCCACGCUUCUCCUUCACCCUCCACUGUUCAUUUCUAUGUUCAAGCUCUCCAUCACUGCCGUUUGUAGGUUUGUCACAUUGCUGAUCGUGUUGUACUGUUUUUUUUUUGUCAUUUUUUUGUUUAAGAUUUAAACCCAAAUAAAACAAUAUACCUUUAAA